AUGGGGGCUCAGGUGUCUGGUUCGUUGCUUGGGACGUAUGCACGGCCCGUCGGUCUGCCCCUUGAGGGGUUCGACCCCGAAGAGGGCCUCAAUGUGACGGUGACCGGCAGGGGCGACAGGUCCACAAGUGGUCUGGAAGCCGGGAACCUGCGCAAGGCCGGCAGGGGCGUCUGCAGGGGCGACUACGGCGGCCCGCUGGUCAGCGGCGCCACGCAGCUGGGCAUCGCCUCGUGGUCAGCCUCGCCCUGCGAGGCCACGCCCGCCGUCUUCACCAGCGUGGGCCACCUGCGCUCCUGGAUCCGCGCCACUGCAUGUGUCUAG